AUGUGGUUUUUGAGCAGAAAAGGAGCAUCUGGGUUCUCAGCUUCGUCCACAGCUGAAGAAGUUACACAAGGGAUUGAUGGCUCUGGUCUCACUGCCAUUGUCACAGGAGCAUCAAGUGGGAUUGGAGCAGAAACAGCUCGGGUGCUUGCAUUACGUGGUGUUCAUGUAAUCAUGGCGGUGAGGAAAAUGGAAGCUGGCCGGGAGGUGAUAGAAGCAAUAGUUAAGGGAAACCCUACUGCAAAAGUUGAUGCUAUGGAAUUGGAUUUAAGCUCAAUGGCAUCAGUAAAUAAAUUUACAGCAGAUUUCAAAUCCUUGGAUCUUCCCUUGAAUCUUCUCAUUAAUAAUGCAGGAAUCAUGGCAACACCAUUCAUGCUUUCCAAAGACAACAUAGAACUCCAAUUUGCUACAAACCAUGUGGGUCAUUUUCUUUUGACGAAUUUACUAAUGGAAACCAUUAAAAAGACAGCACGUGAAAGUAGGAAAGAAGGAAGGAUUGUGAAUGUCUCAUCACGCAGGCACCAAUUCUCAUACCCAGAAGGGAUUCGUUUUGCUAAACUUAAUGAUUCAUCUGGGUAUAACAGUUUAUCUGCAUAUGGUCAGUCAAAGCUUGCAAAUAUUUUGCAUGCUAAUGAGCUUGCAAGACAGCUAAAGGAAGAUAUGGUGGAGGUAACUGCAAAUUCAGUUCAUCCAGGAUUGAUAGCCACCAACCUUUUUCGGCAUUACAGCUUUGUCACAGGUAUUGUUGGUCUUGUUGGUAAAUACAUCAUAAAAAAUGUUCAGCAGGGGGCAGCAACUACAUGCUAUGUAGCGUUGCAUCCUCAAGUUAAAGGCAUCAGCGGCCACUAUUUUGCUGACAGCAACAUGGCCAAGGCAAGCUUACAAGCAAAUGAUGCCGAGUUGGCUAAGGAACUGUGGGACUUCAGCUUAGAUUUGGUCCGCAGAGGCUCAAAUCCUUCAUAA